CCCUCGCUUCUAUGAAAGGGGAGAAGGCAGACACAGAACACAAGACCUCAGACUGAACACCGGCACGCCCCAUUUCAAACACUUAUCCUCAAUCAAGCACCAUUAUUAUUAUUUUAAUUUAAUACACCUCCUUUAUUUUAAUUUAUUCCUUUUUUUUAUUAAUUUUCCAUCUAUCGUCGCUUUUUCUUCAACGUUACUUCUAGGUUACUGCACCAGCCUCUCACAUCUCCAAUACUAAUUAAUUCUUUCUCAGUUUCACAUCACAUCUCCGUGCACUCAACUCUCUUCCAUGGCGUCACCAACAGCUCUUUACCGAAUCCAUUCCCUUUUUCUUUAUAAAAACAAUAACCCCCAACUCUCUGUUUCACAAACUCGUCAAUUUCGUUCCAAUUUCUUCUUUCAAAGGAAGUUAUCAUUCGAGGUGCCCAGGAUGCCAAGGAAAGAAACCGUUAUUGUGUCUGCCACGACGGCGGAGAAGAAGCGUCAUCCCGGUGAGGCGAAGGGGUUUGUGGAGGAGAUGAGGUUUGUGGCUAUGAGGUUACAUACGAAGGACCAGGCAAAGGAAGGUGAGAAACAAGUUGAAAAGCCUGAAGAGAGAGCCGUCACUAAGUGGGAACCUACUGUUGAUGGAUACUUGAAGUUCCUUGUUGAUAGCAAGCUUGUUUACGAUACACUCGAUAAGAUUGUUCAAGAUGCUGCUUAUCCUUAUUAUGCUGAAUUCAAAAAUACUGGUUUGGAGAGGUCGGCAAGUUUGGACAAAGAUUUGGAGUGGUUCAAGGAGCAAGGUUAUACCAUUCCUGAACCUUCAUCUCCUGGUCUUAGCUAUGCCCAGUAUCUUACAGAUUUGUCUCAGAACGACCCUCAGGCUUUCAUUUGUCACUUUUACAACAUCUACUUUGCACAUUCAGCUGGCGGUCGAAUGAUUGGGAAGAAGAUUGCUAGUCAGUUACUUAACAACCAUGGUUUGGAGUUCUAUAAAUGGGAUGGUGACCUUUCACAGUUGUUGCAGAAUGUUAGAGACAAACUGAAUAAAGUUGCUGAAGAAUGGACUCGAGAAGAGAAGAAUCAUUGUCUGGAAGAAACAGAGAAGUCAUUCAAGUUAUCAGGAGAGAUUCUGCGUCUAAUACUAUCGUGAUAAUCUGGCCCCAACUAUAUGUAAUUAUGUGUGUUGUUGAAGUGCAUGGCGGAAGCCAAUGCCAAUAACAUUGUUGUUUCAUCAUAUGUAUAUAUAAAAAAAAUGUAGAUGUAUAUUUAAUUUUCAAUUCACGAAGGAAUAAUAGAACUUACAACUUACGUUAUUGAAAUGAAGCACCAUUUUGUUGUUUUA